AUGGCAGGGCUGACAGCUCACAGUGUGCUGGUGACUGGGUCUACUCGGGGAAUUGGCCUGGGACUGGUUAAACACUUCCUGGGGACAAACCCACCGGAAUGGAUCUUUGUGGCCUGCUGGGACCCAGAAAGUGCACGAGCGGAGGAAAUUAAGAAUCUUGCUGCAAAACAUCCAAACCUUGUGCUGGUGCCGCUGGAAGCUACAGACCCCACGAGCAUCCAGGCCACUGCAAAGAAAGCUGAGGCCCAUCUGGGAGGAUCUGGCCUGAAUUUGCUGAUAAAUAAUGCUGGCAUUAUGCCAGAGAGCACCCUGGAGUCAGUGACUGCUGCAGAUAUGUUGGCCGUGUAUAAAAUCAACUUUGUGGGACCAAUGUUGGUGACCCAGGUCAGUCUGCCUGACACAGGGCUUCAGCUGAGAAUUUGUAGCUUCUACUUUGGUUUCCAGGGAAGAAAAACAGCUGAUGAGAUCUAGAACUUCACUCAUCUCUGUUCUAAGUCAAAGGGACUUGAUCUUGCCUUAGUUACACCUGUGCCACCCCCAUGACAUUAAUGGAGUGGCACUUACAUAGCAAAGAGGAGAAUUUAGCCCAAGGUUCAUAUAGGCAUCCAGGCACCCGAAGCAAGACACAAAUCAUUCAUUGCCAUCUCUUUCCAUUUCUCAAACCAGAGUGGUGCUUUGCUUUGCUGCUGAUGCCGAGACAAGUUUCCUAGUGGGAAAAGUUAGCCAGACUCAGACCUUUAGUAUCAUCCAAAUGAAAUCCCCUGGCCACGCGCUGCUCACAUUCACUUGGAGCAAAUGGAUAGCACUGAUAACAUCUGUGCUCAUUUGGCUUUUCUCCGCACUCCAGCCACUGCUGGUGCUGAACAUGCCCUGCACCCCCUGCCCUGUUUGCACCUGCAGACUCCUCCACUUUGAACAAAUAUGCUGUAGUUGUAAAAUAAACAGGGUUUGACUAAUGAAGUGAGAAGCCAGGACAUUUCUGGAGUCCUCAGACAUUUGUGGGGCUGCAGGACACUGUGAAGGCUGGGAGUGUCCCACUGAAACCUGCAUUUGUAGUCACUUCACUAGUAGGCCCUAGGAUCAUCAGGGCACAAGACCAUUGUGAUUUCCCCCCUGGUGCAACCCACACUCUUGCAGAUGGAUGGGGAAUAACCAAGGAUGUGGUUUGUGUUUUCUGGAAGUAUGAUGGGGUUAAAUCUUCCUCCCUUUCCAGUCAUUUUUCUCCCCAUCUUCCAGUGUCCCUGUCUGCAUCUCACCUAUGUCCUUGGGUCCCAUGUGCUCGAGCUGCAUCCCCCAUCCUGCCUCAUCUGUGUCCCCAGGUCCUAUUGUCUCCCCCACCCCAGCUCCUGUUCUUAUUUGUGCUUCUACCUGUCCACGAGAACUUGAUCUGCUUCCAACUUUGGGAGGUCCAGCAGCUGCUGUGGCUUCUCCUCCGGUCCGUAUUUCCAUCCCUGCCUGCUCCCAGGUUCACAAGAUCUGUGCUCCCCCUUCCUUCCAGAAAGGCAAGUAUUGACCUCCCAGCAACAGCCUGGAUUUGCUAGCUGUGAUCCAGAAAGAAACAAUGAGCACAGGAAGGUGUGGGCCAGCUGCCAUCGAGGCCAGGAUGGGUGGGUGCUUCGAACACGAGUGAAGUUUCAUUCUCCCCCUUUCAUGUUGUCGGGGAUAUCUUUAUCCCAGACUUUUCAGGUUCGUUGUCUGACCGCAAGAGAGACAGGCAACCCAGCAAAGUCCGAAACCAAGUUCUUUAUUGAUGCAUGCACACAAGCAACAAAGAACAAGCCCGUUCUCCACAGAGAACCAGAACCAGCCCCCCCCCCUUUCUUCAAUAGAGCACAAAUUUAUAUAAGCACGUUUACACCACAGUUAAAGCAUGUAAUUGCCUGCGGUAAA